AUGGCGGAGGCGGAGGGAGCGAGCGUGGCUACAGUUCCUGGUUCGGGUGCCGAGGGCAGCGGUCAGUCGCCUGCAGUCGAAGGAGAGGGAGUUGGGGCGGGGGGCAAAGAGAAGGACGCGGACGCGAAAGAAAAGGAGGCCGGCGGGGACAGCGAGGAGGACGGCGAGAAUGUGUUCGAGGUGGAGAAGAUCCUGGACAUGAAGACUGAAGGGGGUAAGGUCCUUUAUAAGGUUCGUUGGAAAGGAUACACAGCAGAUGAUGAUACCUGGGAGCCUGAGAUUCACCUUGAGGACUGUAAGGAAGUUCUUCUUGAAUUUAGGAAGAAAAUUGCAGAUAACAAAGCUAAAUCAGUGAAGAAAGAUAUCCAGAGACUGUCCUUAAAUAAUGACAUAUUUGAGGCAAACUCUGAUAGUGAUCAACAGAGUGAGACUAAAGAAGAUACUUCUCCAAAGAAGAAAAAGAAAAAACUAAGGCAUAAGGAAGAGAAAAGCCCCGACGACCUGAAAAAGAAGAAAGCAAAGACUGGGAAACUGAAAGACAAGCCCAAACCAGACCUGGAGAGCUCCUCUGAAAGUUUGGGUUUUGAUUUAAGGACAAAGAAAAGAAUUUUGGAAGCCAAAGAAGAAUUAAAGGAAUCCAAAAAGCCCAAAAAAGAUGAUAUAAAAGAAACUAAGGAGUUAAAGAAAGUUAAAAAGGGUGAAAUGAGAGAUUUAAAGACUAAAAUAAGAGACGAUUCCAAAGAAAUUAGAAAAACAAAAAAAGAGAAAUGUGUUGAAUCUCAGGUGGACUCUGAACCGGGUGUACUUAGUGAUUCCCCCCUUCAGGAAGAGGACUGUGAAGAUUUACAGGUUGACAACAGAGAGGAAAAGGAGAAGUUUAGAGGUGCUAAAGAUAAAGCUGAGCAAGAAGCCAGUCUAGAUGCUGCUUCUGAUAUACAGCAGGAUGGCAGUGUAAGUGCUGAUGAGGACGAGGUCAAAGCAAGGAGGAAAAAAAAGAAACCAAGAAGGACAGAGGAACUUAAAGAGAGCAAAAAGCUAGAAAACAAGAACCUCUUCUUAGAGAAGAAAACUACGCAGAAGAAGCAAAGGAAUCAAGACAAAGGCCAAAGCAGCACAGAGUUGGAUAAGCCAGUGCCUGCCUCUGCCCUGACACCGCCAAAGAUGUCCAGGCCCACCGACUCCCCGGGAGAGGAGAGAGAGACCAAAAAAUGCGAACCCAAAGAAAAAUACCAGAAAAGGCAAGAAUUGGACAAGGAAGAAAAAGGCCGAAAAGAGCCCAAGGCAUUGAAGACAUUUAAGGAAAUCAGAAAUGCAUUUGAUUUGUUUAAAUUAACUCCAGAAGAAAAAAAUGAUUUUCCUGAGAAUAGUCGGAAAAGAGAUGAAAUACCACCAGACUGUAAAGUCACAGAAGACCACAAAACCAAGGAAAACAAGCCAUUACUUAAAGAAAGAAGAAAUACAAGAGAUGAGACUGACACGUGGGCAUAUAUAGCUGCAGAAGGUGACCAAGAAGUUCUGGACGGCGUGAGCCGAGCAGAGGAGAGUCCUGAUGGCAGACAGCAGGUUCUGAGUCUGGGCAUGGAUCUGCAGCUGGAGUGGAUGAGACUGGAGGACUUCCAGAAGCAUCUUGAUGGAGAAGAUGAGAAUGUUACUACAGCAGAUGUGAUUCCAAGCAAUUUAUUGAGGGAUGCUGUGAAAAAUGGGGAUUAUAUUACUGUGAAGGUUGCUCUUAACUCAAGUGAAGAAUAUAACCUGGACCAAGAGGAUUCGAGCGGGAUGACACUGGUGAUGCUCGCGGCUGCAGGAGGGCAGGACGACCUGCUAAGGCUGCUCCUCAGGAAGGGGGCGAAGGUGAAUGGUCGGCAGAAGAAUGGGACUACGGCACUCAUCCACGCCGCCGAGAAGAACUUUUUAACUACCGUGGCUAUUCUUUUGGAAGCAGGAGCUUUUGUAAACGUCCAGCAGAACAAUGGUGAGACGGCGCUAAUGAAGGCUUGUAAAAGAGGAAACUCAGACAUCGUCCGGCUGGUCAUUGAAUGUGGAGCUGACUGCAACAUUCUGUCAAAGCACCAGAACAGUGCACUGCAUUUUGCAAAGCAGUGCAACAACGUGCUGGUGUAUGACCUGCUGAAGAGCCACUUAGAGACACUUUCGAGAGUCGCUGAAGAAACUAUCAAGGAUUACUUUGAAGCACGUCUUGCACUACUGGAGCCAGUCUUCCCAAUAGCAUGCCAUCGCCUCUGUGAGGGGCCAGAUUUCUCAAUGGAUUUCAAUUACAGACCCCCACAGACUAUACCAGAAGGCUCUGGCAUCCUGCUGUUUAUCUUCCAUGCAAACUUUCUGGGUAAAGAGGUCAUUGCUCGCCUCUGUGGACCAUGUAGUGUACAAGCUGUUGUUUUAAAUGAUAAAUUUCAACUUCCUGUUUUUCUGGACAGUCAUUUUGUUUACUCAUUCAGCCCUGUGGCAGGCCUCAAUAAAAUGUUCAUAAGGCUGACGGAAGCACCUUCUGCUAAGGUUAAGUUGCUUAUAGGUGCAUACAGAGUACAGCUACAGUGA